AUGAGCGCGGCAUUUCAGAGUGUGGGACAGCUCAGCCCGCUGCCGCGCGAGGCGCUCGACAUCGCAGCGGCUGGGGUGCCGGCGCGUGUCGCGAAAACUCGUGGGUAUCGGGGCGAGCUCAUCCUCUUCACUGCCGACGAGAACAUGGCCGGCUGGGGCUUCCACUUUGUCAACCAGCUGCGCAGACGCGGCCACGAGCACUGGCUGAUCAUGGCCGACUCCGCGGACAACUGUGCCGGGAUGCACGCGCAGUGGGAAAAGAUGGUGUCAUCGUACAGCGAGGCGCCCCUGUCGUGUGCCUAUUCCUCGUAUCCCAAGCAGCACUCUGGCUGGGCGCAGUGGACACGCGCAAACCACCCCGACAAGAUGCACCAGGUCUACAUCUUCUGGGCCACGCGCUGGUGGGUAUCGCUCAAGCUGAUGCGGGAGGGGCUCAACAUCCUCUCGCUGGACGUGGACGCGGUGCUGCUGGGCGACAUCUACUCGCGGCUGCAUUCGCCGCCGAUGGUGCACCAAGACGUGAUCAUCACUCGCAACGACGACGGGUCUCAGAGCCUCAACUGCGGGUUCGUCUACUUCAACCGGGGCGCUUCCCGGGCGCGCC